AUGCGCGCGGCGACCGUCGUCGCGGUGAAUGCGCUCGCGCCGCACGCGCGCGCGGUUCGGUUUCGUCCGUGCAUCGAUAUCCACGACGGCAAGGUGAAACAAAUCGUCGGCAGCACGCUCAAAGAUGCGCGCCCCGGGGACGCGGGUUCGGAGACGCCGGCGACGAAUUUUGAGACUGAAACCCCGAGCUCGGCGUUCGCUGAGAUGUACAAAAGAGACGGCAUAUACGGCGGCCACGCGAUAUUGCUGAGCAAAGACGAGGCGACGUUGCGAGCGGCGAAAGAGGCGGUGCGAGCGUUCCCGGGCGGGUUACAAGUCGGCGGAGGCGUCAACCCGACGAACGCCUCGGAGUUGCUCGAUGCGGGAGCUUCGCACGUGAUCGUGACGAGCUAUGUAUUUAGAGACGGGGCGCUGAACGAGGACGCGCUGAGCGAGAUGAUUCGCGCGGUCGGCGCGGACAAACUCGUGCUCGAUUUGAGCUGCCGUUUGGACGACGCCGACGGCCGGUACAAAGUCGUCACGGAUAGGUGGCAAAAGUGGACCGAUUUAGCCGUGGACGGGUCGACGAUGGAGCGUUUGGCGAAAUGCUGCGAUGAGUUUUUAGUUCACGGCGUGGAUGUGGAAGGGAUGAAGCUGGGAAUCGACUUAAAACUCGUCGAACUUCUCGGCGAAUUCUGCCCUAUUCCAGUGACGUACGCGGGCGGGGCACGCAGCUUGGACGAUCUCGAACUUGUCAAAGCAGCUGGGCGAGGGAUGGUCGACAUCACCGUAGGUUCUGCCCUCGAUUGUUUCGGUGGUGCGCUCAAGUACGACGACGUUGUUGCUUGGCAUAAUCAGCAAAAGUUAGAAGUGAAAUAA